AUGCUGCGUCCGUUGAGGCUUUCGCAUUCCUUGCAGUUUCGUCCUAGCGUUCCCGUAAAUCGGCUCGGCGAAGGCUUGCACAAACAGGAGCUGUGUUUCAUACGAGUGGUGGAGGCUCCUCCUCCGCCACCUGAGCAACACAAACCGUAUUCGGUACGGAUCGGGGGUGGUUUCUAUAUUCCGGAGGUGCAUCGAUCCGCAGUCCAGGCAGCCAAGGAUGCGGCGCAGCGGGUGAAGGAACGAUCCAUGCCCCAGCGAGGUCGCUCCCAGCGUCUUUCUGAGCCUUCAGUUCCAUCAGCCCAGUCAGCCAGGCCACCUGAUACGGAUGGGGGAUCAAGCUGCAGCGGUCAGGCCGCGGGGCCUGUAGGCCCUGUCCUCCUGGGUCGAUCUGCAAGCCCUGACAAAAAGCGCCUUGAAACGGAACAGGAGGAGGCAGAAGUGCAGGACUACGUGGGCACUUCUCAGGACAAGACGCUUCCCAGCGGCUUUUUGCACGGCGAACCAAAUCCAGCUGCAAUUCCAGAUGUUGAAGGAGCCGGCUUUCGUUUUGGAACCUACACCCGGGGGGAGCAAAGAUCUCAUAUUGGCGACCGACGCCAAUGUGCCGGGAAGACAAGAUGCGAGGAUUAUGUGGGCCCUGCCCCAUACGGUGAUGGAGCUUUCCGCGUACUCUCGAGCGAGCGGCGGCACAGCUUCCGUAGAUUGAGCACAGGCUCGACAUCUGAAGACUUGGAGGCCGCGUUCAACGCACGCAAACCCAAUUCGAGGAAGUGCAGCAAGGAAGCUGGCGGUGGUGCAAGACCAGCUUCAGAAGCUCCAGGCACAGAGGCAUUAGCAGCGCUGUUGCAAGCCCUGGGCCACGAAUAUGACGAAGCAUCUGUUACUAGGCCGGACAUCCACAAGACAGAGUGUGUUGUAGGAGGAAAGUGGCGGGUGGAGCUCCUGUACAUGUAUGCGGACUGUCCCACAGAGAAAAAAGUGGAGGUGCCCGUGGAAGUUACGGUGGAGAAGGAGGUCCCUUUCAUCGUGGAAGUGGAGAGGUCUCGUGGAGUAGAAGCCUCCACAGGUUCGCAAACAACAGCGCUUUGGUGUGCCUACUGUGGUGCCCCCGGUCACAGCAUUGCGGAGUGCCCUCUGCUCCGGCUGCAGCAACAAGUUCGUCAGCUGGAGCUUGAUGCCAAAAAUCACAAGCAUCAGGACUGCCAGCUCUGCGGAGAUGCCGAGCAUCUGGCACCAAAUUGCCCAACACUUCGUCGGGCAACCUGCUUUGAUGCAUGCGUGCAAACUGAUCUUCAGUGUCAGCUUUGUGAUAGGACGGGGCACCUGGCCAAACAGUGCCCGAUGCUUGCCGCCCUGAUGCAGAAAUCGGACGGAGCAACUGCUCGAAUCCGAGUUGGUGGCGGAUGGCUGAUCGCUCCCCAGGUGCCAGGUUUGGGGGAGCCAGGGCUGAACGAGGCCGAAGCAAUUCAAGCAUUGGCGGCAGCAAAUGCUGCCGGCGCCAUGACGAAGGAUGGCCAGGUGGUUUAUGGCAAGUCGCGUUCUCCAUCUCGCCCCCGGAGCGCCCCAAGUGGUGAAAGCCGCUCCGUAUCUCCUCGAUCUCCCCAGGCGCAGACACCUUCCCCACAAAGGACCCGAGAGUCGCCGCGGACCAGUGCUCCCAAGGACCAAUCACGAAUCCUUGCUGCGGGCCCUAUGGGCCCGGAAAGGUUCAAGGCCAUGGAGCAGGAGCGUGCUGCUUUAUCUGAACGAAUUCGUGAAGGACAGGGCAAGGCGCCUGAUCAACACCGUGGAUUCCUCUACGGCACGUUUGUCCAGGGAGGGCAUGACAAGCAUCGUUUCAGCUCAGACCGCGGAGCACGCUCGAUGUACAGAGUGUACCGGAGCAGCGUCUCGCAGGACUCUGCACUGGACCCGUCCGAACUCCAAUCCAGCCGACGCAGCAGCACUGCUGCCAAGGAUGAGGUUGAGUCUGGUAGCGAUGCUGAGUGUGAG